GGAACGGACAAACAAGCUUACAAGUAUUUCGCGAUCCCGUGAAACGUCAAUCUGAUUGUGUGGUUAUAUGGUGUCGGAAUCGAAAGGAUUUUUCGGAGAAAGUGUGCAACAAUAUUUUAUUUAUUCAACAAACAUCGGUGCUAGUUUUCGAAGCUUAUCAAUGAAACAAGGAUACAAGAUAAGCGCCUGCCGCGGAAGCAAACACUUACCGCCGCAGUGCAGAGGCAACCUGUUCGGCAGCAGAUCCGCCCGACCGCUAGCAUUAUUGGUGGUGAUCUGUUUACUAGUCACUCUAACGACGCGGGUCUCCGCCAGACCUUCAGACGCUUCGACGUCGGCCGUCGAUCGCAGUAAUCCGGUGAAGGUAGCUUCCGUUGCGCAUCACAAGCACCAGCGUCGCUCGGCAGAGGAGCAAUCGGACGGUGACUACUACGAUGAGAACUAUUUACGCGUCAAGCGUUGCUAUGAAGACGAAGAUGUCAACGAACUGUGCCAACGCUGUUCCAAGGUGACCAAAUCAUCUCUCGUGUUUCCGAUGUGCUGCAGCAAUGAGGACGAAACGAUGGACUGGUGCAGGGCGUAUGUGUACUACGGCAUACAGAACUAAGCCGUCAUUUAUCUACCGCAAAUCGGUGCAUUCGAAAGUGCAAACUCCACUUAAUCCACUAGAAUAGGCGUCGACGUGCGAUAUCGUGCGCGAACAUUAUUUAUUCAUGUGCAAGUGUCCUUCUCAUUGUCAUGUCGUCUGUGUCUCAUCGUUGUAAUUUAUUGAGCUAUAAUUACUUAUUUCUUUCGUAGUAGAGUUCGAGAUAAAAGACUGCUGAUUGUCCUAUAUUAAAUAAUUUAUAGAACUCAACUAAGUAGCUGAUCUAGAAAGUGCUUGAAAAGUGCGGCAUGUGAGCCUUAAGACUUAAUUCGUUAGUUAGGAUAAAUGCCUUAAAGAAUAUCAAAAGUGUAAAUUUAAGAGAA